AUGAUGUCGCGUGAAAUCCAUCGUGGAAGAUUACGUUCCCAUGAGGCCUGUCUGAAUUGCAGGCGGAAGAAGACCCGUUGCCCGGCCGAGAAACCGGCCUGUUCCAGCUGCGUACGGCUGAACCAGCCGUGUCUCUAUACGUCAGUCCCCAGGGGAUCUCGGGGUGGCCAAUCGAGUGACCGACUGGCCUACCUGGAAGAGAAGGUAAAUCUCAUCUUAAAUGGUUCUAGACCGGCCCAACCGGCCCGUCAGGAACAGGGACACGAUGCGAUCAAUGAUCUGUCGGAAACCUCCUACUCGACUAACACCCGGCUGUCCUCUGGCGAGCCGAACUGUUCUCUCAACGAUCCUUUUCUCUUUGGCUUGGGGUUCGAAGACUCAGGUCUACAAGCUUCCUCGCCGGCAAUCGCCAGAGGGAUAGACCUCUACUUUGAAAAUUGCCACCGACAGCCAAUCUGGUGUUUUGACCGAGACGAGCUCAGAGACCAGAGCUGCUUGUCCGAAGAACUUGUCUGUAGCAUCCUCGCGCUGACCUCACGAUUUUCCCGAGAGCAAGACCAGUUCCAGCAUUAUGGCGACAGCGCUCGAAGCUUGAUCAUGCUUCGUAUGGCUAAUGGGACUGUAGAGCUGGAAACCAUCGAAAGCCUUUGUUUACUAUCAUAUUCCUCCUUUAUAGAUGGGAAUAUACGACUCGGUCGCUUUCACCUCGGACUUGCCUUUCAACUUUGUCGCUCAGCAAAGUUGGACCUGGAGUCCACCUAUGUCUUUGACUGUUCCACCACCGAGCGGAAGAAGCGCCUCUUUUGGAGUCUUCAGUCUCUAGAGCAGUCUUACGGUCAACAGGAUGGCUUUCUCAGCGUACCAUCCGAGAUUCUCCGUUCAUUUUAUGUCUCCGCUGGUGGAGAGCAGGUUUCCGAGAAGGACCUCGAGUCUAAACCCCCACCGUUACCCAGAGAUGACAUCGGUUGUGCCAGACCAUCGGACAUCAGUAUUUGGAGUUUGGCCGCCCACUUUGGAUGGGUCUGGAGUCGCGUGCGAACAUACGUCUCGGAGUGUGCCCGAAACAGACUAAAAGCGCCCUGGAGAAAUGACUCCAUGUACGCGAUGAUACUGUCAGACCUCACAGAAAUCGAAAACAAGAUGUCACAAUGUCACCGCUAUGACUCGGUCAAGUUUUAUGAGCGCAAAGGUGACGAGCUUCGUGUUAAUCGGGACUACUGGGUUCCUUGGUUAAAGCUGCAGUUCACUUACCAUUCUAUCCUGACCGUGCUAAAUCACCCCUUUCUCUACAUUGUGGCCUCGCAAUACAACCACAACUUGGCCAUCCCAAAUGCCUUUUGGCGACGGUCCUCUGAAUUGGUUUUGCUACACGGGACUUGGAUUGUUCGCAUGAUAGACAUGGUAUCGGACAAGAAGAUGCGGCUCGUUGACCCGUUCUUUGGACAUGCUGCCGCCAUCGCAGCGACGGUGCAUCUCUAUUAUUGCUGCGCCGCAGACCCCCGACUGAAAUAUAAAUCCAAAACAGACUUUGCCAAAUGUAGGAGGUUUUUGAAAAGAUUUGUCUCCUUUUCGCCUCUUUGUCAAGCCUUAGACCAUACCUUGAACAAGAUGACGCGAAUCGCGUCUGGCUCCGAAAGUGUGGACUAUGAUUGGGAGCCGUCCAAGAUCCAUCUGAGUAUACCGUUGAUGUGGGAUGUGCUUCAGGUCAACUGCAUACCAGAACACCACGAAACAUCCUCUGGCGGUCUCCUUCAUCCUUCACUAACCCCUGCAGUUGCUCGCGAGGAAUCCGAGGGCCCCGCCUCCACACUUGAAAUCAUCGUGGCCAUGUCGCCCGAAGUGACCGUCAACACAGCCGAUGGAGGACAGACGGCGCAUAUGCCACCUCAUCUGACACAUAUUCGCUCGGCACCCGCUUCGCCAGGUAGCAUGGCGCUCGGCGACAAACUGGUUGCACCUGCCGACAGCCUCAUGACGAAUACACCGUGGCUCUGGACAGAUCCCUCGCAGUUUGUUGAUAUGGACAAUAUAGGAUAUCAGGAUUCGGAUUCCGCGCUCGGCAACAUCGAGGGAUUUUCCACGUGGUGGGAUUUCGGAAACUUAUAG